AUGACCCGUGUCCCAUUUGGAGCCUCAUCUAGUCCCUUCAUUAUGGCUGCUACGCUUCGUUGUCAUUUUGAGAGUACUUCUUCGGCAGAUCCAUCUCUGAAGUCCCUGUGUGAGACGUUGAACGAGAGUUUCUACGUCGACGAUUUGGUGACGAGCGUUGCCACACGGAAUGAAGGGGAGCGGUUUUCCAGAGAUGCUAACGAGGUCGUCAGAACAGCUGGAAUGAAGCUACGAAAGUGGACGACGAACUCGCCGGAUCUACAGAGUGAGUUCAGGAGAAGCAGCGAACAAGACGCGGAGGCUAAUUCUCAUUACAAGUCAAAAAAGGUUUUAGGACUCAGCUGGAACACCGCAACGGACACACUUCUGCUUUCCAUGGACUCUCUUGUGAAAUUCAUCACCUACAAGACGGACACCAAGCGUUGCCUGCUGCAAGCAACCGCAAGAAUUUUUGAUCCUUUGGGGUUCCUUGCACCAUACACUAUCAAGGCGAAGAUUCUUUUCCAACGAGCAUGGGAGCAAGGACUCGGAUGGGAUGAUCUACUGCCAGAUGAUCUCCUGUCUGAAUGGCUGCGGUGGACGAAAGGGAUCCCGGACGUUGCUCAAAUAGCCGUACCCAGAGCACUUAUAACCGAGGGACCAACAGCGAAGUACCCUGUGCAUUGCUUUUGUGACGCUAGUAUUCAAGCAUACGGCGCCGUUGUGUACCUGAGGACGGAAACGGAUGCCGGCACUGUCAACGUGAAGAUUAUAGCUGCUAAGGCUUGA